GACUGCAGUGUGCUAGCGGGACAAAAAAUCCCGGAAUUUAGUUGAUGCUAGUUGCUAGUUACUGAAAAAGUCAGAAUGUCUGAAGGGCUUUUUGAAGACAGAAAACUACCCGAGGAUGGCAACCAGACGCCAGAAUCGGUGACACAAGGCGUUGGAUAUGCUUCUGAGUUCCUGUCCAGCUACGGGUGGUACAUUAUCCUCGGCAUUCUUGGCUUCCUGUACCUGUAUGGUCGCUUUGGCUCCCGGCUGGAACAAUGGAAGCAGAAAAGGGAGGAAAACACCAACCUGUCUCAGUAUGAUGCGGGGGAUGUACUAGCUAGGCAAGAGGCCAUGGAGAAAGCCAGGCAGCGCAUGCAGCAAGAAUAUGAUGCGAUUGCUGCCGAGCAUGCAGAGAAACAAAAAGAGAGGGAGGAAGAGAAGAGAAAGGAACAGGUAGAAGACUGGGAACGACACAAGCGAGGCCAAGGGUAUCGCUCCAAGAAACUCAACAAGGAAGAUGGCCAACAGCAAGCAUCUGGAACUGCCUCAGGGAGCAAGGAGAAACCCAAGAAACCACCCCUCAGACAAGGCUACAAUCCACUCAUGGGAGGCACAGGCUCAGGUUUCAGACCAGCAAGGAGCUCCAGAAGUGGAGGCGGAUGAGGUUAAAGGUCGUAUGCAGAUAAGUAGAUCAUGUGACCAUGUGGCCAGUCCUGAUUGGCAGUUCAAUAACCAAGCCUCAACCUUGUAAAAGCUUGGGAUUUUCUAAAAACUCAACUCAGAUUCAUUGAUCGAAUGCAUGUUUAUAAAUGGAAAACAAGUACAGUUUCUGCGGCUGUUCAGAAUUUUUUGUGAUUAUUUUCUCUGUAUAUCAUUGAGGACUUGAAAAGCGAAGAAAGUUAUUUUUUGUUAAUAUUUGGUUAAUUGUUGUCAGUUUUUAGUUUGAACCAAUCAGGACGGCUGUUAUGGUCACAUGAUAUCUGCAUACAUAAUUUAUGUGAUGAGAAAUUUCUUGAUUACUCUCACAAGUAGCUGGUAAACGGCUCAUGGGAGAAACUCAUGGUAAAGUGGCUUGCUCAGGGACAUGCAGGGCCAAAUUUCAUGCAGUUGCAAAGCAGAAGAUAAUGCCUAGUGGAUUUGUUUGCAGAUUUGUCACCUAUUGCCAUAUCAGUGUAAACAUUGCUAUUAACAUUUUGCAGUCAAUUUGUUUUGUGCAGUAAGCAUUUUCUGUGCCAUGCAACUACAUGGAAUUGGCCUUUUGGCUUGAUUCCACGAUUUAAAGAAUUAAUCACGACGCCUUAAGUCCAUUACACUAAACAGUGGAUCCCCAUUUCUCUGCAUACAAUUUGUCAAUUUCUGUUUGGUUAUGCAUUGACGUGCACAAUUUUGGGACCAUGGUGUACUAGACUUGUCCAAGUCCGGCAGCCACGAAUAAUGAAGCUUUCAUGAUUCAACAGUAUUAACCUCUUGUGAAAAAAAAAAUCAAGAAAUUUCUCUCAGUGGUCGAUGGUAACAGAAUAUUUCUGGUUGCGAGCGCGGACAUUUUGAGUCACGGAUUUGGAGGUCAUUUGCAUUGAUGUUUUGAACUUUGACCCAAAAUGGCCGCCUAGCAACCAGGUUUCCUGUCCGUCUUCAUGACGUCUGUUGUAUAAAUGGCAGAAUGCCCCUGCAGCAGACUGAUACAAGACCACUGUCAAAAAAAA